GUGUUACCUCAUUUUGAAAGCUUUGGGAAACAGGAGCACGUUUCUAACAAAAUGUCAACUUUUCGGAGUCAUUGUCCACAUUUGGAUUCAGUUGGUGAAAUAACGAAAGAAGAUUUGAUACAAAAAUCUCACGGUACUUGUCAGGAUUGUAAAGUCAGAGGACCAAAUCUUUGGGCAUGCCUAGAGGUGUAAUAAAUGUUCAUAUGUUGGCUGUGGCGAAUCCCAAGUAGAUCAUAGCACCAUACAUUCUCAGGAGACAAAGCAUUAUCUAACUGUGAACCUCACCACUCUUCGGGUAUGGUGUUAUGCUUGCAGCAAAGAAGUAUUUUUGGAUAGAAAAUUAGGAACUCAGCCUUCAUUACCGCAUGUAAGACAGCCUCAUCAAACACAAGAAAACAGUGUCCAGGAUUUUAAAAUACCUAGUAAUACAACACUGAAAACUCCUCUGGUUGCUGUCUUUAAUGAUCUGGACAUAGAAGUGGAAGAGGAAGAUGAGCUUAAGGCAAGAGGUCUUACAGGUUUGAAAAAUAUUGGAAAUACUUGUUACAUGAACGCAGCUUUGCAGGCUCUUUCUAAUUGCCCUCCUUUGACACAGUUUUUUCUUGAUUGUGGAGGACUAGCUCGAACAGAUAAGAAACCAGCCAUUUGUAAAAGUUACCUGAAACUAAUGACAGAACUGUGGCAUAAAAGCAGGCCAGGAUCUGUUGUGCCUACUAAUCUGUUUCAAGGAAUUAAAACUGUAAAUCCAACAUUUAGGGGAUAUUCUCAGCAGGAUGCUCAAGAAUUCCUUCGAUGUUUAAUGGACCUGCUUCAUGAAGAACUGAAAGAGCAGGUCAUGGAAGUCGAGGAAGAUCCUCCAACUCUAACCACCGAGGAGACGAUGGAGGAAGACAAGAACCCGUCAGAUGUAGAUUUCCAGUCUUGUGAAUCUUGUAGCAGCAGUGAGAAGGCAGAAAAUGAAAAUGGCUCCAGAGGCUUUUCCGAAGAUAACAAUGAAACAACAAUGUUAAUUCAGGAUGAAGAGAACAAUUCAGAAAUGUCCAAAGAUUGGCAAAAAGAGAAGAUGUGCAAUAAGAUCAAUAAAGCAAAUUCUGAAGGAGACUUAGAUAAAGAUCGAGACUCUUUGUCUGAGAUGGUCGACUUGAACAACCAGGAAACUGUCAAAGUGCAGAUACACAGCAGAGCAGAAUAUAUCACUGAUGUCCAUUUGAAUGACCUAUCUACAUCUCAGAUCCUUCCAUCAAAUGAAGGUGUUAAUCCACGUUUAUCAGCAAGCCCUCCUAGAUCAGGCAAUUUGUGGCCAGGAUUGGCACCCCCACACAAGAAAGUUCCAUCUACAUCUCCAAAAAGAAAAAAACAGCACAAGAAAUACAGAAGUGUUAUUUCAGACAUAUUCGAUGGAACAAUCAUCAGUUCAGUGCAGUGUCUGACUUGUGACAGGGUUUCUGUGACGCUCGAGACCUUUCAGGAUCUGUCCUUGCCAAUUCCUGGCAAGGAGGACCUUGCCAAGCUGCAUUCGACGAGCCACCCGACUUCCAUCGUCAAGGCCGGGUCCUGCGGCGAAGCUUAUGCCCCCCAGGGCUGGAUUGCCUUUUUCAUGGAGUACGUGAAGAGGUUUGUUGUCUCCUGUGUCCCUAGCUGGUUUUGGGGUCCAGUAGUAACCUUGCAAGAUUGUCUUGCUGCCUUCUUUGCCAGAGAUGAACUAAAAGGUGACAAUAUGUACAGUUGUGAAAAAUGUAAAAAGUUGAGGAAUGGAGUAAAGUUCUGUAAAGUACAGAAGUUUCCUGAGAUUUUAUGCAUCCACCUUAAAAGAUUCAGACAUGAGCUGAUGUUUUCAAGCAAAAUCUCUACCCACGUCUCAUUCCCGCUAGAAGGCUUGGAUCUGCAGCCAUUUCUUGCGAAGGACAGUCCAGCUCAAAUUGUGACGUAUGACCUUUUGUCAGUCAUUUGUCAUCAUGGAACUGCCAGUAGUGGCCACUACAUAGCCUACUGCCGAAACAAUUUAAAUAAACUCUGGUAUGAAUUUGAUGAUCAGAGUGUCACUGAAGUUUCAGAAUCUACUGUACAAAAUGCAGAAGCUUAUGUUCUUUUCUAUAGGAAGAGCAGUGAAGAGGCGCAGAAGGAGAGACGAAGGACAUCGAAUCUCUUGAAUAUCAUGGAGCCCAGCCUCCUUCAGUUCUAUAUUUCUCGACAGUGGCUAAAUAAGUUUAAGACCUUUGCUGAGCCUGGCCCCAUUUCAAAUAAUGACUUUCUUUGCAUUCAUGGAGGUGUUCCUCCAAGAAAAGCUGGUUACAUUGAAGACCUGGUUUUGAUGUUGCCUCAGAACAUUUGGGAUAACCUAUACAGCAGGUAUGGAGGUGGGCCAGCUGUCAACCAUCUGUACAUCUGUCACACGUGCCAGAUGGAGGCGGAGAAAAUCGAAAAAAGAAGAAAAACAGAACUGGAAAUUUUCAUCCGGCUCAACAGAGCAUUCCAAGAGGAGGACUCUCCGGCUACUUUCUAUUGCAUCAGUAUGCAGUGGUUUCGAGAAUGGGAAAGUUUUGUGAAGGGUAAAGAUGGAGAUCCUCCAGGCCCCAUCGACAACACGAAGAUUGCCGUCGCCAAGUGUGGGAAUGUGACGCUCAGGCAAGGAGCAGAUUCUGGCCAGAUUUCUGAAGAAACAUGGAAUUUUCUGCAGUCUAUUUAUGGAGGAGGGCCUGAAGUUAUUCUGCGACCCCCAGUCGUUCACGUUGACCCUGACGUACUACAAGCAGAAGAAAAAAUUGAAGUAGAAACUCGAUCUUUGUAGCUUUGAGGGUACAGAGAGUUCUAAUGAUCCCUGACAUAAUCACGUGCGAAAACAUUCCUAAAAGCCUGUUUGUUUUCUUGAGUUUUAAAAUCUUUUAUCCAUCUCUUUCUUCUUAGUGGGCAUUAUUGAAGAAUGUGUUAAAAUGUGUAAUAUACUACAGGUCAGUAUAUUUAAUGUUAAACACUUUCCAGGAAGUCUUUCGGUGUUGUAUUUUUGAAAGAGAAGGACCAUUGUGAGAUCCACGGUUCUCUCUGGCCUUUGGACUACAUGCAGGUCCACAGUAUCCUUUGUCGUGUUGUAAAUACUUUUGCUUUGGAAACUUUUUCAUUACCCUAAAUCAUCGUAACUCUGACCAGUCUCUUCAGUUCUCCAAAAGCCUAACUCAACUGUAUAGUUUUGACAUGGCUUCAUAUAAUAAAGAGCCUAUUUCAAAUUGAGAGUAGCAGUUGGAAACUGGUUGUUAAUUUCCUAAAGCUCAGGAACCGUCAGGGUGUCACUUCUUUUGCACUGCAACACAUUUACACUAGCAGAUGAAAAUUCACAAAAUGUCUUUUUGAAUGUAUCAAGGAUGUAUUUAGUUUGAGUGGAAUUUGUCAGCAGAUAUCAGUAACUUAUUGCCGCUUAUAUUGUAAAAUGUUAAACUUUAAUUCUUGUAAUCCUGGAUGGUAUUCAUAAAUGUCAGUAACUAAAAGCAACUUAGACUUAGCUUUAGGGCACUUUUUCUUUUGUGAGCAUGAAGUAUAGAAUGUGUCAAUGAGAUUGUUGAUAAAGCUGAGGCCACCUGCAAAUUGAUUUUUUAAAUACAUAUAGUCUUUUUGAAUAAUAUAGUGUGCACUGCUGUUUGCUUGAUUAUGUCAUGUCAAAAAUUUAACUAUAUUCCAAGUAUAAAGACGUCCUGGCUGACAUUGAGAAUGUUGACCGGCACUCAGGAUGGCUUUGUUUUGUUUGGGGCAGCUGUCCCAGCUAAGGCAAUGUUAAAAUUAGCUCAAUAAAAGUGAUUUUAAAAUGAA